CCAGAGUUUUGCGGAAGAAGGAACUCACUUGACUUUAAAAACAUUGUAGCGCUUGUUUACAUAUAUAUUUUUUUUAAUUAUCGCCAGCUGAUCAUGUGAUGGUUCUCAGGACUUUAAUCCUUUGACAUAUGAUAGCUAACCCGUCCAACAGGAUCAUUUUAGCUCUGCUCGAAAUGGGAACAUUAGGAGUUUCUCUCGUCUGCUUGAUGCUGCUUGGUGCCAGCAGAGCCAGAUACGAACCGAACUGGGAAUCCAUCGAUUCGAGACCGCUGCCAGACUGGUUCGACCAGGCAAAGUUCGGCAUCUUCAUCCACUGGGGAGUGUUUUCUGUGCCGAGCUUCGGCAGCGAGUGGUUCUGGUGGUACUGGCAGGGACAAAAGCUGAAGCCAUAUGUCGACUUCAUGCAGAACAAUUAUCCCCCAGAUUUCAAGUACCAAGACUUUGCACCACAGUUUACAGCAGAGUUCUUCGAUGCCCAAGAAUGGACGGACAUCUUUGCUUCUUCGGGGGCAAAGUACGUUGUCCUGACCACCAAACACCAUGAAGGCUUCACACUUUGGGGCUCAAAGAACUCCUGGAACUGGAACGCCGCAGACGUAGGACCAAAGCGAGACCUGGUGGAUGAAGUGGCGAGUGCGCUGCACGCUCACAGCGAUCUGCGUUUAGGGCUCUACCACUCUCUCUUCGAGUGGUUUAACCCCCUCUUUAGGCAGGAUGCUGCCAAUGCCUUCACGACCAACUACUUCCCCACCGCUAAGACGCUGCCCGAGCUUUACGAGCUGGUUGUCAAGUACAAACCAGAGGUGGUGUGGUCCGAUGGAGAUGGAGACGCACCUGACAAGUACUGGAACAGCACAGGGUUCUUGGCCUGGCUCUACAACGACAGUCCAGUCCGGGACACAGUGGUGACAAACGAUCGAUGGGGGAAAGGCUCCAUCUGCACACACGGUGGGUAUUACACCUGCUCCGACCGCUACCAGCCAGGACACCUGCUCAAACACAAAUGGGAAAACUGCAUGACCAUUGACACCAAGUCCUGGGGCUACAGACGGAACGCCCCCCUCAGUGACUACCUCGCCAUCGAGCAGCUUGUAGCGACCCUGGUGGAGACGGUGUCCUGUGGAGGAAACCUGCUGAUGAACAUCGGCCCCACACACGACGGCAGAAUCGUCCCGAUCUUUGAGGAGCGUCUGAGGCAGAUGGGUCUGUGGCUGAAGGUCAACGGAGAGGCCAUCUACAACACGACGGCGUGGCGAGCUCAAAAAGACAAUGCCACCACCAACCUCUGGUACACAUUCAGACCUCAGGAGAAGACCAUCUUUGCCAUCUUACUGGAGUGGCCUGAUCAGGGGUCAGUGGUUCUGAGUGAACCCGUCGUUACAUCGGGAGUCACGAAGGUGGAGCUCGUGGGUCACGGCUCCCUGCAGUGGGAGCCAGCUCAGCCCAGUGGGCUAAAGGUUCUCCUGCCUCAGCUGUCCUUCAAACAGAUGCCCUGUGACUGGGCCUGGACCCUGAAGCUGACAGGGGCCUCCUGAAGGAGCCGACAGAGCAGAAGGCUACAAGAUCGUUGCUUUCAUAUUUCAAUCACUAAACUUGUGCCUGACUUGAAAUUUGAGAAAUCGCUGGGGUAUAAAGGAUCGUAUCAUUUUCUACUGGUUGCACUCU